GAUCUUUAUCCAUACGAGUACGAUUUGUCGUCUCGCUUGAGCGGUCUCAACUUCCAACUCCACCGAAUACCAUUUCUACUGAGACAAUGCGAUACUUGGCGGUGCUCCAUCCGCCGUGCCCCGGAAUCAUCGGAUCAUCGAAACCAAGGUUCCUCCUCCUACAUCACCUUCUCCGUAGGAGAGCCAAGGGCUCAAUUGAUCUCAGGUGUCGAGCCCCUCUAGAAGGCACCCGUGUUGCUGCCUCAAGCAAGCCUCCGCCUUCUCCCGUGUCCGAUUCGGACCAGCAACCGCAAAUCUCAGAUGUGGAUGUUAGGUUUGAUUUGCAGAAAGAGACCGAAGGCUUGGACCUUGGUUGGUUACCGUCGUUUCCUCACGUGCUCACCGCUUCCAUGGCUAAUUUCCUCUUUGGUUAUCACAUUGGGGUGAUGAAUGGUCCUAUUGAAGCUAUAGCACAUGAACUUGGUUUUGAAGGAAACUCUUUUCUUGAAGGACUUGUGGUGAGCAUAUUCAUUGCUGGGGCAUUUAUUGGAAGCUUAGGCGUUUCUUCCUUUGUCGACAAAUUUGGUUCUCGGCGCACUUUUCAACUUGAUACAAUACCGUUGAUUCUUGGGGCACUUUUAAGUGCACAAGCACAUAAUUUGAAUGAAAUGCUCUGGGGAAGAUUUCUUGUUGGCCUUGGGAUUGGUACAAAUACUGUCCUUGUACCGCUUUAUAUAUCAGAGGUAUCUCCAACAAAAUAUAGGGGUUCACUAGGAUCUCUUUGUCAAAUUGGGACUUGUCUUGGUAUAAUUGCAUCACUUGCUUUAGGGAUUCCUUCUGAAAGUAAUCCUCACUGGUGGAGAGUAAUGCUAUAUAUAGCUUGUGUUCCUGGCUUUAUUCUUAUAUUUGGCAUGCAAUUUGCUGUUGAGAGUCCACGUUGGCUCUACAAGGUUGGAAGAGUCAAUGAGACAAAAAGAGUUAUAGAAACAAUUUGGGGUGAGUCAGAAGUUGAGAAGUCUCUUGAAGAGAUCGAAACUGUUAUUAAUGAUGAUGUCAAAAAUCAGAAAACUAGCUGGUUGGAACUUUUAGUGGAACCCAACAAGAAAGUUGCUUUUAUUGGAGGAUCUCUAUUCAUACUUCAACAGUUUGCUGGAAUAAAUGGAGUUCUUUACUUCUCAUCCUUGACCUUUCAAGAUGUGGGUAUUACUAGUAGUUCACUGGCUAGCUUACUUGUUGGACUGACCAACUUUGCAGGGGCAUUAUUUGCUUUAAUCCUGAUGGAUAAUCAAGGAAGGCGGAGGCUUUUAAUAGGAAGCUACCUGGGAAUGGCCGUCUCAAUGUUCCUUAUUGUUUAUGCUAUUACUGUUCCAUUGGAUGAAGGAUCUAGCCACAUAUUGUCUAUUCUUGGAACUCUGAUGUACAUCUUUACGUUUGCCUUAGGUGCUGGGCCGGUUACUGGUAUUAUUAUCCCAGAGCUCAGUUCUAACCAAUCACGUUCAAAGAUAAUGGGUUUUAGCUUCUCGAUACAUUGGAUUUGCAACUUUUUAGUGGGGUUAUAUUUCUUGGAAUUGGUGGAGAAAUUUGGUGUGGGGCCUGUGUAUGGAGCUUUCGGUGGGGUUUCCUUGAUGUCUGCAGUAUUUGCAACAUAUUUCAUAGUUGAAACAAAAGGACGCUCCCUUGAAGAAAUCGAAAUCUCUAUGAAUGCAAACUUAGCUGCUAAAGAUGAAUGAUGGAGAUCUUGUUUUUCUAAAAAUAUAUUAACAAAAGAAGUUUUGUUCUAGACGGAAAAGAUAUUAGUUUCAUGGCAGAAACUUCAUCAUUUGGAGCAGAUGCAGUCUGUGUUGAAGCAGUUCCUGGUGCUCAUGAUCACAUAUUUCCAUGUGGAAGAACAGAUUCAAGGAACUUAGCUUUGCUUCACUCUGUGCUACCGGCUACGGACUCGACCACAAAUAUUUUCCAAGUUUUCUCCAGAAUUUCAAACCACAAAUUCAUCUUUUCCUUGCAGAUGCGAUUAAAUCGGUUGAUGAUGCUUGGCAUUUUAUGUAGUUUGAGAUGAGCCUGUCAUAUUUAUGUGCAAAACAUGAUCAAGAUGUGAAGUCAAUAAUCAUGAAUUGUACUAUGGUGCAUAAAUAUUCUUUUGCUUAAAAGGUUAAGGUGGAUUUACAAGGUUGUGGGAUGCUCUCAUCGUCUUUUAGUUGUAACAGUGUUAGUAUAUUUACUCAGCAAGGUUGUAACAGUGUUAAAACC